AGUUAUUGUAAACCGAGCCACAACCGUAUAUAACCAAGCGCAGGAAGCGUGUUUGCCCGAACUGAACUGGUCGUUGAGGAAAGAAUGCCGUUUAGGAUUCGAGUGCGAUAGCUGCUUCGCAACCCUGAUAUACACAGAUAUUAGUUUGGAGUGAAUAAGCAUAAAUCUGGUGUGGAUAUUGAGUAUAUUAAGCUAAUAACCGUAGCUAACAGUGAUAUUUGAAACGUAUCGAAUCUGUCGAACACUCUGUUCCAAUGGGUUACAAGGAAAACAACGACAUGCAACAGAAGAAGUACAAGGAGGCGAACCUGAAAAUGGGAGAGGCGUUCAGGAGCAACAGCUUCACCGAGAUAAGAAGCGCCCUUAAGGUGCGAGAUGCGGAUAUGAACUUCAAGGACCCGUCACGCGAGGAAAUGACUCCACUGAUGAAACUGUGUUACACUGAGAUCGGAUCGAAGCACCGACGAGAACUCGCCAGGUUGAUAAUUGAACAACCCAAAAUGGACAUAAACACACAGGACGAGAAGGGAAGAACUGCUUUGGCGCAUGCGUGUAUUCUCGAACUUGACGAUCUAGUUCGAGUGUUUUCGGAACACAUCGACAUUGAUCCGAACAUUGCCGACGAUGCCGGUAAUACUCCUCUGAUGUAUGCGACUCGGUCAGGGAAUAUCUCCGUUGUAGUUGCUCUUCUAAACUGUUUUAGGAAAUUUGGAUUGGAAGUAGACCAAGCAAACGAUCUAGGUGAGACACCUUUACUGGAAGCUGCCAAGAACGGAGACAAUAACAUUUGCAGACAUCUUGUAACUAUCGGGAAAGCGGACUUGACCGCAAGAGACAAAGUAAACUACGGAACCGCUCAGGAGUAUGCGAUGGAGAGCGGACGCUGUCACACCCCCGAUAUACUGAUGCUUUCGCCAGUAGCUCAAAGAAAGACAAAACUCAGGCGAGCUAGGGAGGCCCGAGGAAAGAAAAUUUUGUCAGAUUAUGUGACCGAGACCCGGCAUUACAACCAUCAAGUGUCUGAGAUUCAUAUGCCGUUAGAGUCCUGUCCCAAAAAGGAUUUCGGAUUUUUUGUUGUUAGUAAAAACGGAUUAAGCGCGGAGGAGAUGCAGGCAAAACGUAGCUUGUCUUUUCAAGUCGGGAGACAUCUCAUGGAACGUUUGACGGAGAAGCCAGAUUUGGAAAAGCGCGAGGAACAAGAGAUGGACGAGUAUUUGACAAUGAAAGUACAGUCAAGUUCGCUCCCUAACUUGGCUGACUUGAACCACGGAUACGAAAAGUGGAAAAGAGGAGAAAGUCCCCUAAGUAAAUCCUUUCCGUGUGGCGCCCCUGUUGAGCAGUGUGACUACUCCAGACCACGGGCAUGGACGACAGGGAACGUUAUAUUACCUCCAGUAAAAACAACAUCUACGAAACCAGGAUCACCGCGCCCUGCUACAAGAAUAUCAACAUCCCCCAAAACAAUCGGACAUUCAUCCUCGCCUGACUCGCAGCGACAGAGAAGAACGGGGGUCGUUUCCAAAUACGCGAACACACCGUGCUCUGGUACCCCUCGCAGCCCCACUGGAGGUCCACGCCUAACAAGUCCUGGAACAAGCCCGCCACGACCAAUGAGAAAAAUCAGCUUGCCGUCUCGACUACCGUGCAUGCCAAGUGGUGCGAAAACUACGACGCCACCUAGCGCACCGCCGCCGAGGCAGCGGAAGAUAAGCGCGCCUUCCAUGUUACCAAAACGGAUGCACAAAAACCCGCCGAAUGCGAUUCCCUCCUAUAUUUACAAGGAAUGGUGA